AUGGCCGCCGCCCCGCCGCCUCCGCCGCGCUCACCCUCCUCCGCGACGCGGGGGCCAGGCGGAGGCCCAGCGUCCCCUCGCCGCCCGCCCCACCAUCGCCGCCCGCGCACCGGCGCCCGCACCGGCGCCGGCAGGGCGAACGCGCCGCCGCUUCUCUUGCGGCCCUCGCCGGCCACCGUCCGCCGGCUCGGGGCGGGGCGGGGAGGAACGGGAGGGAUCCUCCGGCCAGCAGGGGGCGCCGCAGCCCCGCUCUUCGUCCUGGCGUCCGUGUUCCCUAGCAACCGAGAGGCGGCGGAAGCGGAAGUUCGGCAGCCCGGCGGCGGGCGGAACGGAGCUCCGCCGCGGGGCCUGGCGGCGCGGGUACCGGGACGGCUGGGCCGCAGGAGGCGGGGUUACAGCGGGGGCCGCCGGCGGCGAGCCUCCUGGCGGUGGGUGACCCGCGUUGGCCUUUCCGGGCCCGGCCCCACCGCCAUGCCCAGUCCCCGCGGCGGCCGCGAGCGCCGCAGCGCUCGCCCCGAGUUCGCGUCCCUGCUGAACCAGCGCGGCCCCGGGGUCCCGGACAGCCCGUCCCGCCGCCGCGAGUCGGCCGGCUCCGCGCCCCCGCCGCUGCCCGAGGAGGACUGCAUGCGGCUGAACCCGUCCUUCGUGGGCAUCGCCCUCAGCUCUCUGCUCGCCGUCGACCUCUGGGCCUCCAAGCGCCUGGCACUGGUGCUGGAUCUCGUGCUGGUGGCAGUGGUGAAAGGGAUCGUCAGACGGCCACGGCCUACCCACAACAAGAUGGACAUGUUUGUCACCGUCUCAGUGGACAAGUACUCCUUCCCAUCGGGCCAUGCCACCAGAGCUGCCCUGGUCUGCCGCUUUGUUCUGCACCACCUGGUGCUUGCCAUCCCACUGCGGGUCCUCGUGGUGCUCUGGGUUCUCGUCGUUGGCAUUUCAAGGGUCAUGCUGGGCAGGCACAAUGUGACGGAUGUGCUCUUCGGCUUGUUCCUGGGCUACGUGCUGUACAGCGUGGUGGAGUACUGCUGGCUCUCCCCGCUGAACGCGCCUGCCCUCUUUGCACUCUGGAGCCAUUGAUGGCUGCACCCCUCCCAAAGGAGAGGGCAUACACCCCGUUCCCUAAGUGCACAUGGAGAGGGGUUAUGCUGCGACUCCUAUCCGUCCAGCCAACACUUAACACUAGUGGUGCUGCAGGCUCCCAGGCCUGCAGUUAGACACUUGGUGCUGUCUUGCCCUGCUGACAGGCAGUGAGGCAAAGCGUGCGCUGGUCAAGCAGCUGCACUGACUACUCUCCAGUGACAAACCGGUCCCUGCAGAGCCUGGGAAGAGGUCAGCACAUCCAUCCGGCAGCUCACUGCUGAUACUGUGAAUCAGCAUGCCCUUGCUGGGCACCUGCUGUAUUAGCCUAUGGUGUAUGUGGUAGCUGGGGCUUUGCAGAGGUUUCUCCGCAAUUACAUGUGUAUCUGUGUGCUAUAAAUACACUGAUCAUGUUGCUGUUGUGAGUGCACUUUCUGCAGUCUCCUCCAUAAUACCCAUCUAGGGGGGGACUCAUCAAGAUCUGUUCUCAUGUUUAUAAAGAGUUCUGCCUUCUAAGUAAUGUCUCUUCCCUUUUUUGUGUGAUUUAAACACUGCCCCAAGACCAGAUCUCAACCAGCAAGGUCACAUGUAUCUGGCUGCCAGUACUGUGGGGAAGGAAUGAGGUGGCCAAGGGUUUGGUCCGUCCGUUCCCUCUCCAAGAGGUGGGGAAGCAGCUCCCAG